AUGGUGAAAAAGGCAAAAAAACCAAGCCAUCAUGAUGAAGAGGAAAUAACUGACGAGGAUUUUAUGGAUAUUAUGGAUUGCCUAAAUCCCAGACAAUUCGAACAAAUGUCCAGAUCGUUGGGAUAUACUGUAAGAGAUUAUGAUCAUGAUUCCGAUGAUUCAUAUUUUAGUGAUGAGUGUAUUGUAGCACCAACACCAGAGUUGGAAACUUUGUUAAUUAAAAGAGAUUGUCUUGCUGAGAAAUUACUUCCACCAGAUAAAAACAUCAAGAAGAGAAUAUUGGAUUUGUUGGAGCAGAGUUGUGUAUUGAAUGGAGAUUAUAUUACUGGAGGAAAAUUGGAUUCGAAUUACUUGAUGCCUGCUAUUGAAAUUCUUCUUGAGGAUAAUGGAAAAUACAAGCCAUUACCACUGCCAAUUGUUUAUGCGGAACAGGUCACUGAAUUGAUAAGGAAUUGUUCUUUUGGAAGGACUGAAAAUGUAAACAUUACCAAAUCAUGGCACUUGGAUCCACAUAAAUUCAGAAUUACCAACCCUAAAUGGGAUUCGUCAAUUGAAGAAUUAGUUAGAAAGGUCAAAGCAAAGCUUGGUAUUUUGAAUGAAAAGAAGAUUGACUUCUCACUUUCCAAAAUGAUAUUGCAUGAGGAGGGAGGUUUAUUUGAUUUUUGCACGGAUAUUGAUAAAGAGGAUGGAAUAGUUGCUAACUUGUUAGUUCAAUUACCUAGCUCAUUCACUGGUGGUAAUUUUACAUUGUCUCACAGCGGAAAGGAAAUGAAAUUCCAAUACAAAGAUGAAUCCACCUAUUCUCCAUACUAUGUCAGCUUUUACUCUAAUUGUGAACACAAAGGAGAACCACUAACCUCUGGAUACAGAUUAUCGUUGGUUUAUAAUUUGAAAUAUUCUGGAUCUGAUAGAAUUGCACCAUAUGACAGUGCUACACAAUUGAGAGAUAUGCAGAAUAUUAUAGAAACUUGGAUCAAGGUUCCAAUGUAUACCAAGCUCUGUUACAUUUUAGAAAACAAAUAUACAAAGGCCACCCUUGGUCCAUCUGUGUUGCAAGGAAAGGACAAAAUUGCUUAUCAGUUAUUUUCACAACUUGAACACGUUGAGGUUCAUUUAGCAACUUUAGAAAAACAUGAAGAAACCAUAUGCCUCUCUGAUAUGAAGUAUGAUACUGAACUCAGGUAUAAGGCUCAUACAACAAAUAAUGUUGAAGAUGAGGAAGAUUUUACUGAAUAUAUGAAGAUAAAUCGUUGCUACAAGAGUACAUGUAUCCUCAUAUAUCCAAAGCAACUCAAAUCACUCUGUAAUCAACUAGACCCUUUAGAAAAAUUUUGGAAAGAUUAUAAGGAACAAAAAACAGAUAAGAAGAAAAACAUUUUGAUGGCAUACACUUCGUCUCUCCUCUGCUGUUCUGAAGACAAUCUUAGUACAAGGAGUUUUGUAGACAUGUCAAAGUUUUCAGAUAUUUGCCUUACCUUGAAUUAUCUUCCAUUAAGCUUGAAAUAUGUGGAAAAGGUAUUAAUUGUAGAUGAAUUCAAGACUGAGGAAGCAACAAUUUUAUUAACCAAGGUAAUCAAGAAUCAUGGCACUGAACAUUUCAAGGAAUUAGUCAGUAAUAGUUUAGAAAAGUGUUGUAAGUUGAUAUUUUUGGUAAUAGUACUAAAUAUUUUUAUUCUUUUCAUAAUUACAGUCAAGACUAAAAACUAUUAUUCAAAUGAAAUUACAGCAAUUGGAAAAAUGAUUUUGGAGCUGAACGAGCAAUCUUGGAUUACUCAUUUUGUUGAUAAGGUAGUAUCACUAAAGUCAUUAAAUAUGGAGUGGGCACAUCCAGAUGCUAUUAUGAUCAUUUUCAAAUUGAAAGACCAAUAUCCAAGUUACUCAGAAAAGCUAAACCAAUUUAUUGAUGCGUAUGUCAAAUCAGAGCUGUCUAUUGAUAAAUCAAGAGUUGGUUGCUCUCUAAUCAAUUCAGAAGUUGUCAUCAAAUUGAACAUGAUUAACUUGGCUCUACCUUUAUUAAAUAGAAUGUCAUGUAAAAUGGACGAUAAGGAAUUGAAUGAGGUUGUAGCAGUGAUGAAACAUUUUGGCAUUGAAAAGACUGAACCUUUAUUAGUUCUGGCUCUGAAAGAUCUGCAUCGAUACCCCUUCACCCCAAGGAGGCUUGCUAUUCUACAAUUAUCCAUGCAGAGCAGUGCAGAAGCUAAACACUUAUCUGACAAAAUAUUUGAAAGUAUCAUCCAAAAUUUUGAUUUCAAAUUGGAAAAUGCAUCAGAAUACGUUGAUUUAUUAACCUUUUUCAGAAAUAAUGAUAGGAGUGCAGAUGAAAUAAGAUUUUCCAAUGCACUGAUUCAAAAAAUAUCAAUUCCAAAGUAUUCCUAUUCCUUGGUUAAAGAAAUAAUCAAAACUAAUGGAAUUGAAUGUUUUGGAACUGGAACUGGAUUGCGGAUGAUUUUGGAACAUUCCUACAAAGUAUUAUUUAAUUCGGCUACUACACCCAAUGCUUCCCAUAGCUUGGACUUGGACUUGGAAGGAACCUCUACGUGGGUUUUUAAUCACAUUACCCUUUCAUGUUCAUGUGAGCAUUGUGAAAAGGUAAAAAAGUUUCUCAUUUCAAAUGAAAAGGUAUUUUCUCUAAAAGAGAAACUAAAUGCCCGAAAACAUGUAGAAACAAUUCUUAAAGAACAAGUAGACCUUAUCAAGGAAACAAUUAAAGCAGGCUCUCCACAAACUCUCAAACUCACCAAGACGAGAAUGAGCCCAGAUGCAAAAAAGGCAAUUACUGGCUCAAUUGAAAAUAUCCUUAAACAAUACAUAGAGUAUGCAACCAAAUCAGACCAGAAAGCUCUUGCAAGACCUUCCGAAUCAAAUGUUGCUGAUGAACCUCCAACUAAGAAAGUCAAACAAGAAUAG